AUCACACAUCAUUAGUAGGACACAGCUAGAAUAAAGUUCAAUGCAGAAUUUCUACGAUUUUUUCGCCCUAAAGAUCUACAUAAGUGUGCGUGCAUCUUCAGGGGGUUUGACGUUGGCCUACACACGGGGACGCUGUUGCAGUAGGUGAAUGUAACCCGUUUGUGUUCUGGGAUUAUUGACAGCAACGUGUUCGUCUGUACAGUAAUCAAUGCGUCAUUUAAGGCGGCUCCAUUGAGGAUGGGACACAGUGGUCACGGUGCCCCUACAUGAAGAGCGUAUGACAUUAUAACAUCCGCGUUGACGUAAAGAAGAGACAGUCUGAUUGUUGUUCUUAGAUGACACAGUCUUCAGUUUAGUCCGCUACGAUGCAUCUUUCUUUGUUGAGUCUACAACAGCGGAGUGUGAUACAGUGAUCGUAAAACUACUUACUGUUCAAGACAAACCAGGGCAACACUAGUGUAGGAACACCUCAAACCUGUUGACUUCCUUGGCGUAUUGGUAGCUGCGGUGUGCAUUCUGAUUUAGCAGUGGGAAACCCAGUCUACUUUAGGGACACUGUUCCCUUAAGAUGGCGCUCGUAUGGAAGAGGUUGCAGAGAGUUGGUAAACGAGCGGCAAAGUUCAAGUUUACUGCGUCCUUCCAUGAGCUGAUGGUAGAAGUGACGAAGAAAUGGCAACCCGAUAAACUAUGUAUACACUGGACAAGACGUGGAAGGAAAAAGUCAACUGAGUUACAUCAAUGGGUGCCAGGUAUAAAAGAUCCCUACAGAGGUACUAUAGUCUGGACUGUACCAGAAAAUGUAGAAAUGACAUGUACUCUAUUUAGGGAAAACAGACCUGAUUCUACAUUUGAAGACAAAGAAUGGACAUUUAUAAUUGAGGAUGAGGCCAAGAAAGGAAAGCAUAGAGCCCUCUGCCAGUACACUAUCAACAUGAAGGACUUUGCUAGUCUAGUACCAGUCCAAGAACAGAGGAAAUUCACUCUUCGGCCAAUUAGCAAGAAAUGUUUGUCGGCCACAAUGACCCUAACUGUAUCAUGUAUGUUGCUACGGGAGGGAUCAGCAUUGGACGAUGAUAUGCAGAGUUUAGCCUCCAUCCUCUCCUACCAGCAGCCAGACAUCGCUGACUUGGACGACUUUGACGAUGAAGAUGAAGAGUUUGAUCGAGAGUUGACGUCGGCCAAGAUCUCGGAGCUGGCCAGUCAGUAUAAACUCAUGGAGAACGAUGAGGAAGAUCCGUUCUGUCUCCCCGAGGAGGCCUUCGACGAUGACCCAUUCAAGAAGUCCGGGAUGCAUAACAGUCACAGCGACACCGUCUCUUUCUCUAGCGACCUGGCAAACCCCUUCGAUGAGGCUGACCCAGACCCAGACCUGCACCUCUCCGGCCUCUCCAGCCCUGGCCUGUCCAGCCCUGGCCUGUCCAGCCCCAGUUUCGCCACUAUGGAGACUGGGAAAAGGAAUGUUGUUCCUCCGCUAUCACUGGAUGACAACCAAGGGAUGUUUGACGAGGCCUCGGGGGAACAAGGCGACACUGAUGAGAACUCCCCAACAGAUCGUAACCGCUAUCGCAAGCGGAAAGCCCCCUCGCCCCCGUACACAGGUAGAGAACCAAACAGUCUUGCCCAGCUCUUUCAAAGCAAAGAUCCAGUAAACUCUGUCGCCAAGUCCAACGCCACCGCUGUGGAGUUCAAGAAGCAAGGGGUACCAGUGAAGAUUGAACCCCCUGUCCAGGUGGGGAAGGUGGAGCAGGAAACCAGUCGAAACGCACCAGUUAAGACUGUCAACCCAAACGUGCUAAGUCCAAAGAAAACCAACAAAAACACCCCUAGUCAGGAGCUCCUGGAAUGGUGUAAAGAGAACACCAAAGGGUACAGAGGAGUCAGAGUGACCAACCUAACGACGUCAUGGAGGAAUGGUCUUGCAUUCUGUGCUAUCGUCCACAAAUUCCGACCGGAUCUUUUAGAUUUUUCAUCAUUGUCACCGCAUGACAUCAAAGACAACAAUACAAAGGCAUUUGAAGCCGCAGCGACUCUAGGUAUUCCAAAGCUCCUCGAUCCAAAGGAUAUGAAGUUACUGGCCGUCCCGGACAAACUUGCCGUCAUGACCUACCUCUUCCAAAUCAGAGCGCAUUUCACUGGACAACAGAUGGAGCUACAACGCAUUGGAGACACUGCCAAGAAGAGCACAUACGUCGUCGGCAAGUCCAGCACGGACACCGCUCUUAGCGAAGACGUGUUUACGCAGGAGGUGCAGAGCUCCCGCGAGAAACCUGCAACACCGCCCAAGAUAGAGGAUUCUGUAGACAGUAAUAAAAUAUCCGUGAACGGAACAUCGGAGAGCUCAACCCCGACCAACCAGAGCCCAAAGAAAUCUAACAGUCGGCGUUCGUCGGCCGGAAGCAGGCACUCUUCAGAAGGGGAAGAAACAAACAUUGAUGCGACUAAGUCCGGAGAUGCCAAGAUCUCCAGGGAAUCGCUGAGGGAAGUUGAGCUCAGUUCAAACAAGGAUGAGGAUGAGAGUGAAUCCAAAACUAAUUCUAGACAAAGUGGUGAGGAUUCUGAGUCGGAUAACAGGGGAGAAGGAGAUGAGACGAGUAGAAACGCCACGGAGGACUUGAGGGACGAGGAGAAGACUGAUGAGACACCAUUAACAAGAGAGGAGCAACUGAAGUCGAGAGCAAGAAAGCUGCUUGAUCAGGCGAGGCGAGAUGCUGCAACUAAACAAAGCUUCCGCAGACCGGCCAAAGAGAAAGUGGAAGAGAAAGAAGUCUCCACAAAUGAGGACGAUAAUGAGAGACAGAAGGAAUUGAGACUACGAGCAAGACGUCUCAUUGCCGAGGCUCGACAGGGUCUCAACAAACCUGAAAUAGAAGGCAUUGAGGAGAUGUCGCAGGCUGCUAAAGACCAGGCUGAAGCAGGCUCCAGGUUCAAGUUUUAUCAAUUUGGAGACAAGAUUGAAGCGCCAAAGAAACAAGAAACGCCGGCACCCCCAGCUGAAGACACGAUUGACAGUCAACAGUUGAAGAGAUUAUCAAGAGGCAGCGUGGCGAAGAGGACAUCUCUGCAAUCCUUCUCGGAUCUUGUACAACCAGCGUCGGCUACAAAACCAACAGACGACACUUCACCAUCAACUCCUGAAUCGGAGUCUAAACCUGAUUUGAAGACGGAGGGGGAUGACUCCAAGGAUAGCAACCUUGAAAAGGAGGCGGCAAGUCCUGAUGAGGAUGUCACGCCCACAGAGGAGAUAAACAAUGCACUGGAUGAGGAGGAAUUGAUGGACACCAAUGACUACAUCCUGGGAGAAUAUGCCGUUCUUGAGCGAGAGCAGAAGCAGAUUGAUGAAAGGGCGUCCACUGUGGAGAAGGCACUCAGGAAAGCUAUGGAAGAUGGCACUGACGAUGAGGCCCAGUUAAUGAACGAGUGGUUUGAGUUGGUGAAUAAAAAGAACGCACUUAUACGCAGAGAGGAGCAGCUUAACGCCAUGGAGAAGGAGCAUGACUUGGAGAGGAAAUUUGAGAUGUUGAAUCGGGAGCUGCGGAAGAUGAUGGAGAUUGAAGAUUGGCAAAAGACCGAGGAGGAGAAAAGACGAGAGCAACUCCUUCUUGAAGAUCUUGUCAUCUUGGUCAACAAGAGAGACGAGUUAGUUCAGCAAUUAGACGCCCAAGAAAGGGAAGCGGAAGAGGAAGCAGAAUAUCUAGACAACAUGCUGAGGAAACGGAGCAGACGGAAGGAGGAGAAAUGCUCCAUUCAGUAACUACACUCUAGCAGUCAGGGGCCCAGACUUGGCUAGUUGUCAAAAACUCUCUGAACGCCCCCCCCCCCCCCUCACCCAAUGCAUGGAACAAAGCGCUUGGCAUAGACAAAUCUUGCUCAGAAGAAGCAGGUUACCAGCUGAACAGCCAAGUAAAGCAUUCUGUUUGUAACUGGUUCCCUGCGAUGAUUUUGCUUAUCAGAAGGUUUUGCUUAGCAAUGUUCUCUGCUUAACGGCUUGAAGGAAAGAUGCAAUUCUUGGGAGAUGAAUGGAUGGAUAGUCUGUUAUUAAAAUAAAAAGUCCUGAUAUAAUUGGGAUUUAAAAAGAUUGGAUAAUUGACGUAAUAGGAAAAUUACAGAUAUAAAUCAAAUAUGGCACAGCAUUGUUGGUGGUUCUAAGAGUGUUUGAAAGAUGGUUGAAGGGUCAGUACAGGUCAAUCACCUAAUUAGAAUACCGUCAGAUCAUGGUGACCAAAUGAAAAGAAAGCCUACGAGGGAGACUCUGCUAGGGUCGAAACUAAGGCCAUUAACUUUGUUUUGCAUUUAUUAUUAAGUUAUUAUUAUUAUUAUAAUGAGCUGUGGUUGUUUUGAAAAGAAUCGGUAGUGUAGCAACUCUAUGUUUAAAUCAGUAUGAUCUGAUCGUCUUCAGGAGAUGGCUGGACCCUGAGAAUUGUUUUUUUUUUUUCUCACAAUGGAUUCAUACAUUGUUUAAGUUUUUUUUACACAAAAACCAAAGAAUAGAAACGAGUUUGCUCUCCCAAAGGCCAAUGUUGUACCUAUACCCAGUUUAGCUUGUGUUUGCACAGACCCCAAAUGGUUUGAAUUCCCUGUCAUUCUUGUCUGACAGAGAGUGAACAAAAUGACUUUUAUGUAAUCAUCACUGUGUUCAUAUCGUUGCAAUCAGUUGAACUGUUGGCCCAUGACUAAUGAUGCAACACAGCAGUUGUAAUGCGAGAGACAAAUGAUGUUUGUCACUAUUGUUUUAAACAUCGAGUUGACAAUAUUUCCCUUUCUAAACUACACUGAUGGAAUAAAUCACAGGUUAACUAUAAAAGACAAACCCCCCAAAAAUUUAAUUUACAUUUCCCAACGCCUUGUUUCCAUCUGACCAAAUGCCUGACCAUCAGAACUAACCUGCAGAGACGAGAGACGUGUUUUGUUGCUCUCUGAUUUGUAGUGCAAGGUUUGCGGAUGACCAGUCAUUCCAUCCCCCCCCCCUUCAUUGAUGGCUUUUCAAUUGCUGUUCACCCUUCAUACAUCUGUUCAAGUCCUUCCACCCUGAUGCACAUUCACCACCGCAAGUCAUUAAAAUACAGCUUUUUCCCUCUUUCUAAGUCCCGAAGCACUUAGGAAUUAUCAAGGAUUUGCUAUUCAUGCAAAUGUAAGAAAAGAUGUCUUUUUCGCUGAGUGAUUUUUUUUCCUUCGUCUUUUCAUCUUGUUCUUCUCGCUUCUUUGCAGCAAACAGUAUCAGUUUGUUUUCCCCUAAUACUUCUCCCGCGCAUCCUGUCUGACUUUGGGGUGUAUUCUUUGUGUAUAAUGGGCUGGCCAUUAGUUAAGGCAAAUGUUAUCUCUGGGACUUUAAGCGGCAGUGUGCGAGGCUGGUUUUUUAUUUGGUUUUGAUGUGUUUUUAGCGACAUUGGUGAGCAGGGAUGUUGUUGGCUCGCGGAGUCCAUCCACACUGUCCAUCGGGAAGGAUUACCGGUCAAAGAAAGAAAAGAAACCACAAAUUUGAUGGCUGUUGUUUUGUGGUAAUUCUUGUGUAUUCUAUGGCUUGUUAAGGGCAGGUUUAAAAUUUAAGACCUCUGUGUGUUUGUGGAUACGUUGAUUUGUUGUUAAUAUUACGCAUUCACAUGGUUUUGACUGGUUCAUUGUGACUAUAGUUAGGGAUACUCUUCUACUGUUUUGUGUACUACAAAAAGUGGAAGUGCGUGAGUCUUCGCUGUUUACAAUUUGGUUUUUGCUUGUUGUCUUCGAAUUGUAUGAAAUUUGAUGAUUUGAAAUAUGCGGAAAGGUUAUUUUAGCCUUUGAGAAAGACUGCUAGUGUCGACACGUCAGGAUUUGUCAAUUUUGUUCAAUGUUUUUUUUUCUUUUUCUUUUUUCUUUUUUACAUUUUUUUUACAAGAAAUAAGUUUCUUUAGUUUUUUCCCCAUGAUGUUGAGAGAGUGCCUGGAAUGUCUUUCAAACAAAACAACCAUUCAGCAUUUUCGUAGAGUUUAGUUGACCCAUAUGAAAACUUUCAAAAGAAAUAUUUGUGUGAAACAUUGAGUUCGUGUUAAAGAUUCUUCAGACCAAGUUAUGUUUUGAGUUUACACUUCGUCAGAAUUAUAAACACUCUUGUUUAUGGUUUGUGAAGCUAGAUAUUCAAGUUUAUUGCAAGAUGUUAUUUAAAACAAAAUAAUCGAAAUAAGGGUGUUUUCUUCUUCUUCUUCUUUGCCGGUAAAAUAAAUUAUUGUAAAGGGUUGUUUAUGUUGUUCAAAAGACGAAAGUAAAGAAACAAGUGUUUCAAAAGAAACAGUAACAAUGCAUUAUGUGUCUCGAAAAGUUCAAUCGAAUUUGAAACUUUAAAAAGUAAAAAAAAUAUAUAUAUAAAUUUGUUGAGGUCGAUGUGUUGUAGGUUUUCCUUUAAAAGUGUAUUGCCCUGCGGUGGUGUAUGUAUCAUUUUGUGUUAUUGAUAAAGACAAAACAUUGUGGGUACCGUCCCAUAUGUUUUAUAUAGUUAUGGUUAAGUCGUGUAUCUUAAACAAACAAAGAGAUGACCGGAUAAAAUAAUGUUUUGCCUGCGUUAAUGAAGUCAACAAACCAUUUUUUUUUUAGAAGAAAAUAAAAACGUUGCCGCGUAAUGCAGAGAGCAAAGUUUAGUGCCUUUUAUAUUAUUCCAAAGUCUUGCGCGUGAUACAUUGUAACUGUCCAAGUUAAUGAUUAUAUUAUGGGCAUUCAAACUUUGAUAUUGUUACGUAACGCGCAUGGUAUAAAGUAUAUAUAUUAUGUGAUAAUAGAGUUUACUGUUUAAAAAAAUGAUUGACAGUUAUGGGUGUAUGUACAUAUAAUGAUAUUAAACACUGUGGGUAAUGUAUACACGGGAGGUUUUCAGAGUCUAUUUUCAACAUGGUUUUGUUUGUGGUGUUAUAAUGUUAUAUAAUUAUCUUCCCGUGAAAGGGAACUAAAACUAAAAACUGCAUUUUUGGAAAGGCUUUUAGGUAGAGGACAAGCUGUACGAAAGAUGCACAUAGUUAAUUAAUGUAUAAUUCACAAUUAAGCAACUCAAUUUGUAAUUAACAAACACACAAUAAUGGACUGGAUUAGUUCGUAAUGUAUAUAGAAAUAUCGAUAUUUUGCCGCCUUAAUAAAAAAAACAAGUGCAAGAUUUGCGUAAGUUAUUAAGAAAAAUUCAACUAACGGGAGUAAAUGCCUAACUAAAUAUUAAUGAAUGCAUCUUUUGCUCUGGGGUAUGGCCUGCUCUUUGGAAAAUAUUAAGCAUUACAGGUGUGCGAAACCCAAAUAACCAUACCAGAAAUCCUCGAGGGUAAAACUACCGGACGGUAGGGCAUCAGUUUUGUCAACUUCUACUUCAGCUUGGUCAGGCCUAGGAGAAUAUACUGGCUCAACUUGCGAUCUUUUUUACUGUGCGAAACUAUUGUUUUUAUUGGUUCAUGAAAGACCUUUCCCACGCAACAAACCAAACUUGAUAAACAGAAAUUUGGGUACUGAAAUAAAUUCCCGAGAAAAAUUAGGAAUUCACAAACUAAAAGCCAUACUCUUUGCAUACAACAAUCGGCUCACAGUGUCUGAUGUUUGCAAAAUACCCGAUGUUGUACCUUCUUAAUCUUAGCCAUGCUGGUUAUGAGUGAUAGGUUUGUCUGCUUUAAUAUCCCAAGCCUGUGUCCGCCAUAUUGUCUAUUAAUUUAUUAAUUAUUCAAUUCAAUUAUUUAACAAAAAAAACUUAAACUAGCACUCAAGAGCCAUGCUAUGUUCAUGUUGUCAUAAAAUAUUGGCUCAUGACGUACCUUAAUCUAAACAAUACAAAGCGUAACUUAUUUUAAAAAUUUAUUAAACCGAGUUAAGACUCAUUUCAGUUGUUAUUUUUCGUCUCUCUUUUUUUUUUUAAAUGUAGACCAGAUUCUGAACCCAACAACAACAACAAAAACCCUCCCAAAAAUCCCCCCUGUUAGUGUAUGUGGUCAUUGAGUUAUAAGAGCGUUUAUGCUACGAACAAAAUUGUAUUAAAAGUAUAUGGCUAAGAAAAACACGCUCCUGUCCGUACUGAUGAGUGUUGCCUUUUCGUGCAAUGAAAUUAAUAAGUACCCCCAGGACAUAAUCUACGGUCGGCAAGCUAUUCCCGAGUGUCGAACACUUUGGGAAAUAAGAGGUGAGAGCCUGAACAUCCUACUUCAUUUCAAACCAACUACGGGAGAUUGAGUUCGGCUUGCACCGUACUCCAAAAUGCCCUUGCGGGACCCUCCCUGAGUCUACACCGGCAAUAUCUCUAAUUGUGUCCCCAUCAUAAUCAUGCUCCAACGAGGCGGUUGCCUUUUUGUUGUUAUCUCUACACAUGCCCCUGACUCUGUUCUCCUACCCAAGCUUUCUUUCUCCCUGCCUCUCUCCCCAUUGCGACCAAAGUGUCAACCCGCCGUGAAAAUUGUUGUUGCUGUGUUUGAGGGAAAUUUAAAUUGCUUGGUAUUGUUGAUUAAUCGUGUCGCUUUAAGACCGUCACUUUGAGAUACAGACGGGGGACAGGGAGAGGGGGGAAAUCAAAUCAAAUUUAGAUUUGGUGAACUCCGGGGGGACUGAUUCCCAUGUGUCCGUUGACUUCACCGCGGUAGACACGCUGCUUGUGUACCGUUAAAAGAAGCGGGGUGACGGCGGAUUUGUCGGCUCAGAGAGUAUCACUGUAUGGGACAUUCUCUGUAUUAUCAAUUCAUUUUCUUGUAUUAUAAGGGGGAUAUAAUCUUGCCACAAUCGGAUAGUUUCAAAGAGGGUAUCAAUGCUGUACACAGCUAUAUUAUUGGCGGUUUGUGAACACUGCAUGCGUGCCCGAAAAAUGCGCAACGUAGAAUCUUAUUGCAGGCUUUUGGGUGUCAAUAUCAUAAUUGUAUUAUAAUGAAGAUAAUAAAACACGGGCGCCCCGACGGCGGUCAUACACUAUAAA